AUGGUUUUCAAUGGCGUGAUCUUUGCGGAGGCCAGUAGGUGGGCCACGAACAGAAGUGGGCUCCCAAGCUCUAGCAAGGAAUUGUGGAACAAAUUUCAGCUGUGUUCACUCAUUGUACUUAGCCUCUGUUUGCACAUUAUUCUCAUUGGAUUUGGAUAUAAAAGCAACAGAAAAGGUAACCGUUGGGUUAUACGCCUGACUUGGGUUGCAUACCAACUAGGAGAUUGGGUGGCAACCGCUUCACUUACUACCCUCCUAAAGCGCCAAGCAGAGAAGCCCAAUGCUAUUGAAAUACUGUGGGCUCCUUUCCUUCUCUUGCAUCUUGGGAAUGCGGAAACGAUGGCUGCUAAUUACUUGGAAGAGAGCGCAUUGUGGUUAAGAUACUUGGUAGGCCUACUCAUCCAACUUGCAAUGGCCUUUUAUAUCUACUUCAGGUUCCAAAAAAAUCAUCCUGGGUUCAAUUUUCUAGCCAUUUUAAUGUUCAUAGCUGGGACUAUCAAGUGUGGGGAGCGGAUUUUGAUUCUCCGUUUCUCAGGCUUUGAGAAUUACCAAAAAAAAGUGUUGAGAGCUCCUCCCCCUGAAAUUUCACACAGCUCCGAGGGCAAAUUCGAUUUUCCAAAGCAUGAGUUACUGGUGGCUUACUUGAAAAAGAAAGGUGUAAGCCAAGAAACUGAAUAUCUCCAUCAAGCAUAUCUUUCCUUCAAGAUGUUCAUGCCGUUGUUUUCAGGCCUAAAGCUCCGGAUUUACGAGAAAUUAAAUGAUAUCUUCAAUUUAGAGAAAUCUAUGAAUGCUGAAGAGGCCUUCAAGUUGGUAGACAUUGAACUAGAAUUCUUGUACGAUAUGCUUUACACCAAGACCAGUAUCCUUAACUCUGUCAAUGGUGUCAUCUUCCUUUCCAUAGCCUUACUGUCUUGUAUUUCAGGAUUCAUUGCCUUCUCAGUUACCAUUAGCAAGCAUGCCUACCGACGUGUCGACAUUGCCAUAACUUACUUGUUGCUGGUUGGAGCUAUUUUUGCAGACACCUUUGCACUCAUUACACAGCUAUUCUCCAAGUGGACAUUGCGCACGUUGACCAAACCUGACAGCAAGAAGCUAUCUAAAUGUGUCUAUCCAGUCAUUAAUUAUUGGUUAAAUUACAGACUAAUGAAGAAAGGAAUCACAUCCAUGGCACAAAGCAGCCUUCUAAAAUAUUGCCUCAACACCAAGGCAAGCACGAUUUCUGCAGUUGCAAAGAAACUUCGCCUGGGAAAUACAAUUUUUGAGAAAUCCCUGCAUAUAUUAGAUCAGAAGCAGCAGCCUCCAGUUUGGAUGGACGUAGACCUUGAACUGAAGAAUUUCAUUUACUUAAAUCUCAAAGAGAAACGUACGCAAUAUGAAAAAAAGGAAUUUGAUUUCAAGUCUCUCCCAAGUUUACUUAACGAGGGAGCUUAUGAGUUGGUGCUGAACAGAAGAGAACUCCACGAGAAAGUGGGUUGGAGCUUAAAGGAUCUAGAGUUUACCCACAGUCUCCUUCUUUGGCAUAUUGCUACGGAUAUUCUUUACUAUGAUCAACGAAGAAGAUAUCCAAAAGGAAGUUUCAGUGCCCGUUGCCGGAUUAGUAAGCACUUGUCUGAUUAUAUGAUGCACCUCCUUGUUAAGGCCCCAUUUAUGCUUCGAAAAGGUAUUGGUGAGUUGAGAUACAGAGACACUUGCAGGGAAGCUGUCGAAUUUUUCAACCAGGAAAUGAGAGGCCAUGGCGUUAGAUUAGCGGCCACGACACUGCUAGCUAUUGAUGCUGAGUUUAGAAGGUUCCUUUUUCAGAUGAAAGGGCAUGGGAAGUCAGUAUUCUUUGGAGGGAGUGCGCUUGCCAUCCAAUUGCGAAGUUUGUCUCGGGGCGAGCGGAUGGAUGAGGAACAGGUGUGGGAAAUAAUCAGUUGUGUGUGGAUGGAGAUGCUUGUCUCUGCUGCAAAUCAUUGCGAUUGGAAAGAUCACAUAAUACAACUGAGGAAUGGUAAAGAGCUGCUCACUCACGUCGCCCUUCUCAUGGCACAUUUUGGUUUAAGCAAGCGCAUUCGGAUGACGGAUCUUCCACCCCAGCUCGAAGCACAGGGAAACUAUAAUCCCCCUUGGAAUUGGGCUGAACUUAAUCGUUUGGUUUAUUACUUGGCCUAA